CCUCAGCAGUAGUUGAUUGGAAGGGAUGGAGCUGCGACGUUGGUGUUGUUUUCUCCGCCACAUAUUGAUAUGAACUGUCGAACCAGCCGUAACGACGUGAGCUGCUCGGAAGCUUCUGCAUGGGAAACCACCCUGAAUGGAAUACCACACCACCGAAAUAACACGAGUCAACCUAUUAAUUUCAUUGAGGAAAAGAAAAACAACAGCUGUCUACAUUUGCCAGCAAGGAAAGCGCGCGGGGAUGCUUUGCGCUGGUAGUGUGAAACGCGCGCGCUUAAUAAUAAGUAUUUAGACAAGUAGCUAAUCAACUAGUAAUUACAUAAGUGGUAUUUAAACCGCAAAUGUGGUUUGCUUGUCUGCUAGUCGGCUAAAAUUAGAACAACGCGCUCCCAACGAAGGACAAGGUAGUCUUUAUUCAGUAGGACAUUUUUCAUCAACGCACCUUGGAUUUUUGUCGUUAUCACAAAGCAAGUGUGGAGCCGAGGAAGAGGUCCAAACUAUUUAAGACAGACCUAAAUCGGAGAGAGAGAUGACCCUAGUUUUGUCCAUGAAUCCAUUCCUGGACCCAGAAGGAGACCCUCCGCUCUCCACAUACAAGCCUAUAUGGGAAUCGGAGCGUUGCACUAAGACCUGCCUGUCAAACCCAGCCCCACCAUGCAGCUCUAAAGAAAAAUUUACACAAGAAUUGCCUUGCAGGAAAGUUCCUGAUCAUGUUUCAGUGUCAAGGAUUGCAUACUUCAAGAGGAAGUUUGUUGAUGAUGAUGAUGAGCCUCCCUUCAGCUUCAGGACUUACUGCCAGACUGUUGCCCCAGUCUUGGAGGAGCGGGCCCAUGUGCUGCGUCUCUCCCUGGAGAAGUUGCGGUUCAUUGACGACCCUGAGGCCUUCCUCCGACGCUCCGUCCUCGUCAACAACCUCCUUCGGCGCCUGCGAACUGAGAUUUUGCUCCAAAGCACGGACUGGUGCUUCCCACCCACCCCAGCAUUUACCACUGGCCCCUGCGUCCCGGCACCCACCCCUAACGCUGCUCACCAAGCCCUCCGCGGAGCAGUACCCAACCGGAUCUGUUUAGCACCACAAGCUGGGGCGCCCUUCCGUAAGCGCUUUCGAGUGGUCCGUGGAGGACAGGGGGAUCUACGCCCUGACUGUGCCCAGACAUGCUGCUGCAUCUACGCAGCGGCCGCAGCUGCAGGACACUAUCUCCACCUCCCGUUCUCCAUGUACGAUGCAGCACUCUCGACCUGCCCGUCCACAUCACACCCGUCCUCUUUUUUUCAGCUAGCUAGCCAUAGUAAGUUAGGGCUGACAGUGGCCAUAGAAGAGCAUGAUGGGGAGGAUGAAGAUGUUGAAGAGGAGGAGGAUGAGAAUGAAGAGGAUGAAGAGAGGGAAUUGAACGAGGAGGAGGAGGAGGAAGAAGAAGAGGAUGAUCAAAGAGAAGCUGGGCCUUCCCUUGAUGUUGUCAAGGACAAGUCAAGACUGAAAUGUAGGACUAGAAACUUGCUGGGUCACGCACAUACAAGGACAGAGGAGGACAACUGCGUGACAGAUAGGUUAGAGGAGGAAGAGGGAGAGCAAGACGAGGAGGAAGAGGAGGAGGAGGAGGAGGAAGAAGAGAUGGGGGGGAUUGUGAGGCCAUGUCAGUGGGACUCUACUGCCACAGAAAGAGAGGUGCGGCGCCACAACGUCAGCCUGUGGCGCCGCAGAGCUCAUAGACAAUGAUUACGCUUGCUUAGAAAUUAUUACUAUACAUUAAUUACAGUACAUUCUCUCUUAGAAUAAAAGGUGAUGAUGACGACAACUGUCAUCAGUUGAAGAUUAUUUUCCUCAUAGCAGCAGAAGGUGUGAGCUACCUACACUAUAGUAAUGCCAAGUCAGCUUUAUUUUAAUGGUCUAAUAUACUCCAGCAUUGCGCACAGAGGAAUUCCAUUCAACUAUAUUGUCAGUGUUAUGGUGAAAUAAAAAAAUACACAGACAGUUCUUGGCCAGUGUUGGUACUGGGAAGUACCAAGAAGAACUACGUAGGCUAAGGUCACAUAUGGUGGGAUCCUAAAUCCCUAAGGUGAAGUGAAGGGUCUCGAAGACCAUUUUCCAGGCCCACAGCACAAAACUAAAAGGUCUCUAAUGGGGCUUUAUGUCGUUGCACCGGUCUUGUUUCAGGACCCUAAACAAACCUAUGAAAUGAAGGGUUGUAGAUUGGGGAGUGUGUAUGCUUCUGUGCGUGUGUUUGCAAGAUAUGAUGUAGCAUUUUUAAACUUGAUUUUAAGCCGUUCUUUUUUUAAACAUGGGUAACGCAUAAUUAUAUGUUCCUGUUGAUUUUGACACUGUCUCAGGCAAUGGUGAGUGACUGUGCUGCAGUGGUGGCACGGUGUCUACUCAAAUCAUUUUAAGAGACAACAAUCAUAAACAUUGGAAAUGUUAAAUCACAAGUUCAAGUGCCUUAGUGUUUUUUUUAGAUACAUGUAUAUUGUGUGUAAAUGUAAUUGUAAUUGUUCUUGUUACUAAGUAUCUUGCAUUCUAAGUGACUGCGUUUGACUAAAACAGGACAUAGGCAUGUCGUUAAAUGCUGGGAUUUCUUUUUUAGUGUAUGAAAGUUCAAAGCAAACUAAAUGUCCACACCCAUAAUGUAUUCUGUUUGUUUUACUUUAAGAUGCAUGUUUUCUAGCACUACUUGUCUUGACAAUGCACUUCAAGGACAGUUGCUAAAGCGUUGAAAAGCUAAUUGUGUUCAAAUCCUCCUUUACAUUAGUCAGAUUCAAUCUGAAAAUGCGAGGUAAUGGUUUGGUUGCUCUGUCCAUAGAUGAGGUUUUACCAAAAAAGCGAGUUGCCGUCUGUCUGCAGUCUGUCCCCUUCAUUACAGACCUACCCGUGUGGCAAACACAACACGACCGAUCAG